GUCAGCUGUCAGUUUUUUCUAUAAGUGUGCGCGACUGUGCAUAUACGUGAGCGUGUGCGUGCGUGUGUGUGUGUGUGUGGUUGCAAACGCCGUCGUUUUGCAACCAACAAAAACGCGUUAAAAACUAAGAAUAAUAAUAAUUCAAUCAUUUAAACAAAAGAACAAACUGUUGCAGCUUCGUCUGCCCAAGCAGCAGCAGCCGCCGCGCAAUAAAGUUAGCAACUACGUCUGCCCCCUCUCGCGUUCGCUCUCUCUGUCACUCUCGCGGCAGCGGUGUGUGUUUUUGUGUGUUUAUUUUUGGAACGUACCAGAGAGCCGUUUGAUCGAACGGGAAGCGGGGAACGCGUAAUCCGACAGGGUGUAACGAGGGGUAAAAAGUGUGCCACAGAAAGGUAGCAAUAAUAGACGCGCGCGGUGCCUUGGAUUUCUACGGCUCCACGGUGGAGAACUUUUACCUCAGAAUGGAUCCGACGCGAGGUGACUCGCGCUAUAAUCUAAACUACUCGAUGAGUAGUAUUGGAUUAAGUCUGGCCGAUCAGGCCGAUAUGUAUGGCAAUCCGGCGGUGGCAGCGCUGGGUGGCGGCCGUCCACCGAGUGGUGGCCUCUUGCAGAGCAUGGGUGGCGGCGGCGGCGGUGGCAUGCCCAUACAGCGGCCUAAUCCCCCGGGCGGGGGUGGUGCUGGUGGCGGCGGCGGCGGAGGAGGUGGAGCCACAGCUAGCCAAUGUCAGACCUUGGGCAAUAGCCAAACACAUCACAGUCCACAGCAUGUGCAACAGCAGCAGCAGCAGCAGCAACAACAACAACAGCAACAACAACAACAACAGCAGCAACAACAACAACAACACCGAGGACUAAAACGUUCAGGCAGCGAUUGCUAUGAGGAUCAUCAUCAACAGCAACGAUCAGCCGGCUCCGGUCUCUCCAUGCAGGGCCUGGACAAUUGUGCUCCUGGCAGUGUUGGUCCCGUCGGCGGUGUCGAUGUGGAUAAUAAUGUCGAUGGCUACAAUCCUCUGCCCAAUAAGAAAUCACCACCAGCCAAUGGCAAAAAGACAAAAGGCAGGGUCAAAAUCAAAAUGGAAUACAUUGACAACAAGUUGCGUCGCUACACGACCUUCUCAAAACGCAAAACGGGCAUCAUGAAGAAGGCCUACGAGCUGUCAACAUUGACUGGAACGCAGGUAAUGCUGCUGGUUGCCAGCGAAACGGGUCACGUCUACACAUUUGCCACGCGCAAACUGCAACCGAUGAUCACCUCGGAGGCGGGCAAACAGCUCAUACAGACCUGCCUCAAUUCACCAGAUCCGCCCAGUGUGGGCGGCGGCGAUCAACGGAUGUCGGCCACAGGCUUUGAGGAGACCGAGCUCAGCUACAACAUUGCCGAUGAGGACUCCAAAGAUGAACGUUCACCUACUUCAUCUGGCAAUGAAUCGGAUGAUUCUUCGGAUGUGGAAAUGCCAAGUGAAGUCACAGAGCUGGACAGCAGCAAGGCAGAAUUAAAUACUGUGUCAGCAGCAACAGCAACAACAGCAGCGGCAGCAGCAGCCAGCACAUCGACUAUAGUGACUGGAGGGGGAGGAGUGGGAGCAGGGGGAUCUAAGGCAAUGCCAGCAUUAAACCACCAGACUGAUCAAGGACCCUCAUCGUCAAAAGGCUGCAGUGGGGCUGCAGCAGUGCAGCCAACUGCCGCAUCAUCGGAUAGCAAGUAUGUCUAUCCGGCUGCCUCGUUUGCCAAUAUACCGCCGGAUAUGCUAAGACAACUGAUACAAACCGGACACUUGCAAGUCCAUGCUGAAGAGGAUGGCAAUCAAUAUGUGACUAUACCACUGAGUUCUUCGGCAGCCAGUCUCAUCAAGGGCAAUAAGAUGGCAGCCUCAAGUAGUACACAGUCUUCUAAUCCUGCUCAAGUGAAGUCUGAGCAGGUGGCAGAGAAACCCCUAUCUAUCAAACAGGAAUACGAUUAACCCUAGCCUUCUAGCACCAAAUAACAAACAACAAAAACUGGAAAAUGCUUUUAUACAGAAAAUCUAUACUUGCCCCAUUUGCAGAACCCCGAAGCAGGCUACAAUCAUAAUUUUCACGCACACAUUAAUCAACCAAAACCAGAAAUAAAUACUAUCCAAAGUUUUCAUCUUUCAUUGCAUAACCGGCCUGCUCUCUCAUCUAAGUCAUACAUACGUAUAUCUACUUUAUAUCUAUUAUAUAGAGCAUAUAUAAAACUAUUUUUAUACCCUAAACUGCCUUUGGCAGAUAAAUAUUUACAUAAAUGUAAGUUUUAAAGUUUCACAAGGAUUAAGAUGAAUUCAUAAUAAAGAUGAUAAUGCUUAUGCUAAUGCUAAUGAU